UAGGCGGCGCUAGAACGGCCCGAGAUCAUCAUGAUCAUGAUAGGUCGGCCUUCAAAAAGUUCGAGUCAGUAUCUUGAAGUGACCCCAUAAUGUCUGAAGCUGCUGAGCCCACGAAUCAGCCUCCUACAGAGCACUGAAGGCCAGAAUGGUCCAUCAAAAAGCGAACUGAAGAAACGAGCUAAAGCCGCAGAGAAAGAGAAGAAAGCCGCAGAGAAAGCCGCAAAGCAGCAAGAGAUGGCAGCUCAGAAAUCCGCUACAGAAGUUGAUUAUGCCGCAGAAUUUUACGGAACACUUCCCCUUCAUCAAUCCCAAUCGCGACCUCACCGACCUCGCGUCGACAUAGCAUCUCUUCCCUCUCGCGAUGGGGAAACUGUUCUUCUACGUGCUCGUAUACACAACUCUCGUGCUCAAGGCAGCAAGAUGGUGUUUUUGAAUCUCCGUCAACGCAUAGAAUCUGUACAAGCUUUGAUGAUCGUAGCACCUGAGAAGGUAUCCAAACAAAUGUUAAAAUGGGCUGCAGGAUUGGCUACAGAAAGUAUCGUCCUCGUUGAAGGUGUUGUGAAAAAGUCUCCGGAGAUUAUCAAGAGUGCUACUGUAGGCACUGUAGAAGUCGAGGUAUCAAAGCUCUUCCUUAUAUCUGGAGUCGAAGCUCGAUUACCUUUUACGGUCGAAGAUGCCGAUCGUACUGAGGCUGAAAUUGAGGCCUCUGGCGAUCAAUUCAAUCGUGUCCUCCUUGACACGCGAUUAAACAACCGUGUCAUCGAUUUACGAAGUCAAACCAACCAAGCGAUUUUCAAACUUCAAGCUGCUCUCGGGGAUCUUUUCCGGCAGUUCCUCCAUUCAAAUGGAUUCAUAGAAAUCCACAGUCCAAAGCUGCAGGGUGCUGCCACAGAAUCCGGCGCUUCCGUUUUCAAAGUUAGUUACUUCAAAGGUGGUGCUUUCCUUGCACAGUCACCUCAGCUCGCGAAACAGAUGGCUAUCGCUGCCGAUUUUGAACGUGUAUACGAAAUCGGUCCCGUUUUCCGCGCUGAGGAUUCGAAUACACAUCGUCAUCUCACCGAGUUCAUGGGGCUCGAUCUGGAAAUGACAAUCGAAGAACACUAUCACGAAGUCAUGGAAAUGCUUGAUGGUCUCUUUAUCAGCAUCUUCCAUGGCCUGCGCGAAAAGUACAAAAAGGAAAUUGAUGUAGUCAACAAACAGUUCCCUGCCGAGGAAUUUAAAUGGAGAGAGGGGCCAGAUGGUACACUGAAGCUCUCGUUCCGAGAAGCCGUCGACCUACUCGUCGAAGACGGUGUAGCAAGAGAAGAUCUAGACGACAUCAACACCGAGAACGAAAAGCGUCUAGGCAGAAUAGUUAGGGCCAAGUACGAGACUGAUUACUACAUCAUCGACAAGUUCCCUAUGGAGCUUCGCCCUUUCUACACCAUGCCUGACCCGAACGACCCAACACUCUCUAAUUCCUACGACUUUUUCAUGCGUGGAGAAGAAAUUCUUUCCGGCGCGCAACGUAUACACGACCCCAAACUUCUCGAGCAGCAAAUGCGGAACAAAGGGAUAGACCCGGAAUCCAUGAAAGGUUACUUGGAUGGCUUCCGAUUCGGUUGUUCUCCUCAUGGUGGUGGUGGCAUUGGUCUGGAGCGCGUUUUGAUGUUAUUCUUAAAACUCAACAACAUCCGCCGUGCUUCUCUGUUCCCCAGAGAUCCGAAGAGGCUUGAGCCUUAACGCAAACCUUCAGACUGUGAACCGAUCUAAUAUGUUUAUGCUUUUACUAGGCGCAAAAAUUAACAUUCUGGCAGAGUUACAAUGAUUGUUGCGUGUUAUCAGUAAGAAGGGGUACAGAGGGAAUGCACCUUAGCACAAAAC